AUGGCGGAGUCCUGGUCUGGGCAGUCCUUGCAGGCUCUGCCGGCCUCGGUGCUGGGCGCUCUGGGCGCCCUGGGCAGCGAGUUCCUGCGGGAGUGGGAGGCGCAGGACAUGCGUGUGACCCUCUUCAAGUUGCUGUUGCUGUGGUUGGUGUUAAGUCUCCUGGCCAUCCAGCUGGCGUGGGGGUUCUACGGGAGCACGGUGACCGGGCUGUAUCAUCGCCCAGAUCCCCAACCCAGCCUGCUGCAGCUCUGGAUGUGUUCCUGCCCCCAGGUCUGGGCGGCCAGAACGGAUCCACGCCUGAUGGCUCCACGCAUUUCCCUUCGUGGGAAACAGCAACAAAUGAACCUCUCAAAACCCACAGAGAAUAAGGGAAGGCAGCAGAGGGGUCUCCAGGGACAUCACCGGGUCUGCUGGCUCCCACACUGGGUUCUACUGCUGCCCAGACCCCAGGGAUGACUGCAGGGGGGUCAGGGUUGGGGGGUAGGGAGUACCCCAGUGCUUGUGGAGUUG